UUAUAGCUGAGUUAAUUAUCAACAUUUACAGGAUGGUUGUGACCCUGAGACUACAGGAUCAACCAUGGUAUCCAGACUAGCGUUCAAGAUGCGACCACGCUAUCAUUUCUCUGGGAUGGAAGGAGUGUACUAUGAACGCUUGCCAUACAGAAACCACAAGGUGUUGAAAGAAAAAUCCCGCCAUAUUUCUCGCUUCAUAGGAUUAGCGAAAGUUGGAAACCCAGAGAAACACAAGUGGCUCUAUGCCUUUAACAUCACUCCGUUGAUUCACUGCGAUGCAGCUGAGCUCACCAGACAGCCACCAGAUGUCACUGAGUGUCCUUACUCUGAUACUAAUGUUCCUCAACAACCAAGACAGACACCAGCACAAAUUAGUGGAGCGCAGUUCUUCUAUGACAUGGAUGCCAAGCCAUACGAGGAUAAGAAGGCAAAGAAGAGAAGAGGAGACAGUGAUGAUGGUGGACCAAAAAAAUGGGUGCCUCCUAAACCUACUGGUCCAUGUUGGUUCUGUCUGGCUAGUCCAGAGGUAGAGAAGCACUUAGUGGUGAGUGUUGGUGACCAUGUAUACCUGGCACUGGCUAAAGGCGGUCUAGUAUCUCACCACUUACUCAUUCUUCCCAUCACUCACUUCCAGAGUACAGCAGACCUUGAUGAUGACUCCACACAAGAAAUAGAGAAGUUCAAGAAAGCUCUGAGAAAAAUGUUCAGAAAGAAUGGCCAGGAUGUUGUUUUCUUUGAGAGGAACUAUCACUCUCAGCAUUUACAAGUACAAGUUGUGCCAGUACCUUCCGAUGCUGCCCCACACCUCCAAGAUGCAUUCAUGGAUGCUGCUGAGAGUAAUGGCAUUGCAGUAGAUGAGAUCCCCAGGAUGUCUGACAUCGCACAGGUGGCACCCUCAGGAGUGCCAUUCUUUUAUGCUGAGCUUCCCACUGGUCAGAAGCUCUUCCAUAGGAUCAAGAAACAUUUUCCACUUCAGUUUGGAAGGGAGGUACUAGCAAGUGAGUCAAUACUAAACGUACCUGAGCGGGUUGACUGGAGGGAGUGCAAGUCUUCCAGGGAAGAGGAAACAAGACUUUGUAACAAAAUCCGGGAAUUAUUCCAAUCAUUCGACUUCACUUUAGAUGAUUAGCAAUUCAGUAGCAUCAUGUCUUAUGACCUUUUAUGCAAAUAACUCAUUGAUCUGGAGGUUUUUAAUUAGUUUCAUGAAUAUAUUUAGUUACCCAUA